GCUUUGUCGGCUUUUCAUCCAAUUUUAUGCUAACUGCGCAACUCUUCUCCAUGGACUUUGAAUCGUUGGUCGAUGACACCCAGCCCUUUAAUGUUCUGUUACUGGAUGCUGCAGUCCAAGCUUUCUAUGAAGGCGAUCCGGCUGUGCAUAAGAGGACCGAAGCAAUAUUGACCAAAUUUCAAAAUCAUCCCGAUUCCUGGCGAGUGGUAGAUCAAAUAUUGAGACAAUCGCAGAGUGUCCGUACAAAGUUUCUUGCUCUUCGUAUCUUGGAAACUUUUGUGGUAGUACGGUGGAAUACGCUACCAAUAGCAGAUAGGCUAGUUAUCCGCAAUUUUAUUGUCGAGAUCAUUGUGGAGUUAUCCUCUAGAGAAUCUACAAUGCAUUCCGAGAGAAUAUAUCUGAACAAAUUAGAUAUGGUUCUCGUACAGAUUCUAAAGAAAGAUUGGCCACAAUACUGGCCCACCUUUAUAAGUGAGAUAGUUGAAGCAAGCCAAACGAAUCCAAGUUUAUGCGAGAAUAGUAUGCGGAUCAUACGUUUAUUGAGCGAGGAGAUCUUUGAUUUUUCCAGUGAUCAGAUGACACUCACCAAAAUGCGAAAGCUCAAAACUCAAAUGAUGGAAGAAUUCGGGGAUAUGCUGGAAUUGUGCCAGCGAGUGCUUCUCAGUGACAUACAGAUUCCUAGCCUUAUUCAAGCGACUUUGGAGACAGUGUCUCGUUUUCUUGGCUGGAUUCCCGCAAGUUAUGUAUUUAGGACAGACCUCAUCAAGGGCAUUCAACCAAAGUUGUUUCAAACGCCCAACGUGCGCAACAUAGCCUUGCAAUGUUUCCUCGACAUCAUAUCUUCCGAUUGCCCUAGUGGGUGUGAACCUCGCUUAACGUCCUUGUUCGAAACUGUCAUGGAACUUUUCCGUCAAACGAUCCCUCCGGAAGCUGAAAUCGUAGCUCUUUACGAAAUCGCCAAGCUGGAAGACCAGGAUUUUAUCCAAAAGCUCACGCUAUUUUUUACGACGUUUCUGGAAAACCAUCGAGCAAUAGCCGAGCAAGUUCUGGGCUUAGACAUCGUAUUUCAAGCUCACUUGUAUCUGUUGAGGCUAUCUCAAAUCCAGGAGACGGAUAUUUGGAAAAUAUGUCUAGACUAUUGGGGGAAAAUAGCCUACGAUAUACAACAGCAGCUACAUCGACAAGAAGCGAGAGGAAUCUUGGAUGGUUACAAAAAAAUCUUUGUAGAUCUGCGACGAAUUAUUAUGGAACGAAUGGUCACCCCAGAUGAGGUUCUUAUAGUGCAAAAUGAUGAAGGCGAAAUUGUUCGCGAAUACGUUAAACAAAGCGAUAAUGCCGCUCUUUAUACCUCAAUACGGCAUGUCGUGUGCCUGCUAACAAUCAUGGAUCCGGAAGAUACAGAGGUUGUCAUACGCAAUAAGUUUGCCAAGGCAAUACAUACAGAAACAUGGCGCAUCACCGAGCUGAAUAAAGUAUGCUGGUAUAUCGGUUCAAUCUCGGGGGCGAUGGAUGAAUCAAGAGAAGAUUUAUUUCUUACGGGCAUCAUGAGAGAUCUCGUUCAGCUGGCAGACAAUAUGAAGUAUAAUGUGGAUAACGAACUGGCGAUUGUUUCCUGUAUACUGUAUAUUGCAGGCCAACAUCCACGUUUUCUCAAAGCACACAAAGAAUUUAUGGAUUAUGUCAUGGCCAAGGCAUUCGAACUGAUUCACUCACCACAAAUCGAUAUCCGUGAUUUAUCCAGCGAUGGAUUGCUCAAAUUUUGUCAAGGAUGCAGAGAAGCCAUUGUUCAAGACACAGCUGACUCUAUCCCAAUAUGGCUCGAAAGAUUUGUCACUGCGUUGCCGGAACUGCAAGGACUUUUGAACAUUCAGCAGCUAUGUAUCGUCUAUGAAGCCAUGGGAUACAUUAUAUCUGGAAUGACACACAAACAACAGCAAGAAGCAUGCAUCGAUUUACUCAUGAAAACUUCCAGAGAAGCUUGCAAGACAGUUUUUAAUUCGCCUCAAAACCAAAACGACACAAAUACAUUGAAAUGGAUCAUCGAUGUGUUGAAAAUCAAUAACUCUGUAUGUCAAGCUAUCGGGCCCAUUUACGCUUCGCAAUUCCAUUUCAUCUUCCAAUAUCUACCCACAUCAUACCAUUUAGCUGUGAACAACGUACAGCAUCACAAAGAAACCCUGGAUUCCGGUUUACUCAAAUUAUCGCGACGUAUCAAACAGGAAGCGUUGACAUUAAUCGACACUUUCAUCUCUUCUUUGGAACACCUUGAUAACAUGGAUGGUGCGUUUUGGGGUUUCUAUAAUGAAUUGUGCACAGAUUAUCAACAAUGCCCACCUCCCGUACGUGAAGUUGCCGUCAUCAACUUGACAAGCAAUAUGCUGGAGAAACCUAUUACCGUACUGCGGACCGAGUUGCUGGAUUUGUUGUGGGAGAAGCUUUUCCAACCUACUUUAUUCAUGGUCAAUCAAAAUUUUGUCGAUUUUCCGGACCAUCGGAUAGGGUUCUACAAAUUACUGCGUGGGCUCACCAAACAAUAUCUUGAGGAGCUACUGAGGAUGCCAACCCAAGCUCUCGAUCUUUUGAUAGACAGUCUUCUGUGGGGGAUCAAGCAUACAGCACGAGAAAUUUCUCAUGUUGCUUUGCAGACUUGUUUGCAACUGAUCAACAAAAUGGCGCAGUUGGAAGACGAAGACGUUGCGAGCGCCUUUUAUGAAAGAUACUUUGUUCGAAUUCUACAAGAUGUACUAGUGGUGCUUCUGGACCCCGAUUGUCGCAACGCCUUCAAUUAUCAAAGCCAGCUCCUUGCACGCAUGUUGGAGUUGGUCCAAGAAGGUGAGAUCUAUACACGCAUAUACGAUCCAAGUACGGUGGGAGACUCUUUCAUGUCCAAUGCUGCAUUUCUUCAAAAUCAUGUCAGAGAACUGUUGACGGCUGCGUUCCCACUGUUACAAAAGAAUCAGAUCGAGGUGCUUGUGCUUGGCAUGUUCGAGUACAGUGGUGAUCUUCAGCGGUUUCAAGACGAUAUUCGUGAUUUUCUUAUUGAUAUCAAGGAAGUCAGUGACGAUGUCAGUGAUUUACAGGGUCAAGAAGAGGAAGCGGAACUUGAGCUGUUGCGGCAACUUUAAGGGUUAUUACUGUCAACAUCUUUGGUUGCGCCACCGCUUGACAGAUUUUCACGAGCUCUAGUCGAUUUUCCCCUGCUCAGCAAUUCCCGUGUCGAUAAAAAGUUACGAAACGGAUAAAAUACAUGCAAAUUUCGUUACUCAAAACUACCUAGGAG